AUGGACGUGAGCUUCGUGAUUGAACUGACGGAUCCCCUCAUGGCGAUCCUUGUAUGCCGCUUUCUCCUCGCCCUCCAGCACGCGAACCAAGCCGCGCUCGAUCGAGACACCCUACGUACAACGCAUACAUUCGGGGAGGAGCGUACGGGCCAAGACACACUGCGGUUCGCGUCGGCUGUUAUAGGGUCUAUCGGUGAAUCUCUCGAAGGCCUAGAAAUCGAUGAUCCUAUCGGGGACGACAGCGCAGAACAGCCGAAGGAGAUGAUCGACACAGAUGUUUCUCUGGCAAAGGACGCGUCCCCGGAGGCUCUGGUGUAUGAUGAAGUCACGUCGGAGGAACACGAAGUGCCAGCGGCAAGCGGGUCCGGCCCCUCAAAGACGAUGGUGUAA